CCUAGAACUAGGAGAUAGGGAAGUUGCCUGACAAUAAUUAGCCAGCAGAAAUACUUUUUAGGUCACGAGAAAAUAGAUAUGAAGUUCUUAAAUAGGUGUGGUGUAUAGGUGUAGUAUAAGUUACCUUUAAAUAUCCUACACUUCCCACAGGAUAUAAAAAAAACUCGAGGUCGCCUUCUAAGCUUGGGAAAGCCGUGCCUUCUACGCUACAACCAGACUCAUCUCCUUGUCACUAUGCCGUUCCCCUUUGGGAAGUCUCAGAAGAACCCUGCGGAGAUUGUGAAGAGUCUGAAGGAGAACGUAGCUUACUUGGAAAAGCUGGAUGCGGCAGAAAGCAAAAAAUGUGAAAAGGUUGCAGAGGAGGUGUCUAAGAACCUAUCAUCUCUGAAAGAGGUGCUGUGUGGUUCAGGGGACAAGGAGCCCCAAACGGAGGCUGUGGCCCAACUUGCCCAGGAGCUGUACAACACCAACCUCCUCAUUGCUCUGAUUGCAAACCUGCAGAGGAUUGAUUUUGAGGGAAAGAAGGAUGUGGUGCAUCUGUUCAGUAACAUUGUGCGGCGCCAGAUUGGCACCCGUACGCCCACGGUUGAGUAUAUCUCCUCACACCCACAGAUCCUCUUCAUGCUGCUGAAAGGGUACGAGAGUGCAGAGGUGGCUCUGAACUGUGGGGUGAUGUUAAGGGAGAGCCUGCGUCAUGAGCCCCUGGCCCGCACAAUUCUCUUCUCGGAGGACUUCUACUGCUUCUUCCGCUAUGUAGAGUUCUCCACCUUCGACAUCGCCUCAGACGCUUUCGCUUCGUUCAAGGAUCUUCUCACGAGACACAAGAUUAUGUGUGCAGAUUUUCUUGAGACCAAUUAUGACCGGGUGUUUACAGAAUAUGAGAAGCUACUGCAUUCCGAAAAUUAUGUCACCAAACGGCAGUCCCUAAAGCUCCUGGGAGAGCUUCUUCUGGACAGACACAACUUCACUGUGAUGACCAAGUACAUCAGCCGGGCUGAGAACUUGAAGCUUAUGAUGAACAUGCUGAGAGACAACAGCCGCAACAUCCAGUUUGAGGCCUUCCAUGUCUUCAAGGUGUUUGUGGCCAACCCCAACAAGACCCAGCCGGUGUUGGACAUCCUGCUGAAGAAUCAGGCCAAGCUGGUGGACUUCCUGAGCCGUUUCCAGAGAGACCGCUCCGAGGACGAGCAGUUCUGUGACGAGAAGAUUUACCUGAUCAAGCAGAUCCGUGACCUGAAGAGGCCCACAGCACCAGAGGAGGCAUGAGGGAGACCAGCAGGGGGACAGCACCAGAGGAGGCAUGAGGGAGACCGGCAGGGGGACAGCACCAGAGGAGUAAUGAGGGGACAGCACCAGAGGAAGCAUGAGGGAGACAGUCAGGGGGACAGCACCAGAGGAGGCAUGAGGGAGACCGGCAGGGGGACAGCACCAGAGGAGGAAUGAGGGGACAGGCAGGGGGACAGCGCCAAAGCACAGGUAGUGGUGAUGCUAGUGAUUUUGGUUGGGGCCUUGGAGUAUUCAGAGAGAGAAUGAUCGUGAGAGAAGCAUACUUAACUAGAUUCCAUUACUCUGCCCUUCUCUUAACUUCAAACAUAGGAACAAUAUACUGUACAAAGUUGCCCCCCCACAUGCAACAGGAGUGACCCGAGAACUGUUAGUUAAACCAUAGAUCUAUUUCAGCCAGCAGGUAUGAUAUCAAUGUACUUAGUCAGAUGAUGGUAUAUUGAACCUUAAACACACCAUUAGCCUCUUUUAAUAAGCACAGUAGCACACCUGAGCAAUUUCCUGGGAAAUCAGGAUAAGUGGUCCACAAAACAGAAUACACUCUCCCCGACACAGACUCCCCAAAACUUACAGGAACUUUGAAAUGGAUUUGUAAGCUUUUAAAGACAGAUGUCCUAUAUGAUAUUUUAGGGAUUAGAAUAUAAAAAUAAAGAUUAUUUUGCUGGGGUUAUUCAGGUAACAUUUA